CGGCGCAAGCCGGCGAGUGUCCGUUGGGAAUUCGCUCAAGAGUCGCUUCUUUUCCCCUGGCCGCCGGCAACUGCUCGCUCUCUCUCUCUCUCUCUCUCUCUCUCCCCGCCAUGGCAUCGCUGCUGCCGCUUUUGUGGGCUGCAACGUUUCUUUGCGCAGAUCUAAUUGAAGGUGUAACAAUAACAUCGACAGAACAGACCACGGUUACAAAAGCUCAAGGAGAUAAAGUUACACUGCUGUGCACAUUUACUCUCGCUACAGCAGAUACAAGCGCUGAUGAAGUUGAAUGGAGUAUUUUGCCACCACAAGGGGAAGAACCAGUUAUCAUAUAUAAUGAAGGCAAACUUUAUGAUAAAUAUGCUAUGAUGGGACGAGUACAGUUUGCUAAACAAAAUCCAACAUCUGGAAAUGCAAGCAUUGAUAUCUUAAAUUUAAAACCAGAAGAUACUGGCACAUACCAAUGUAAAGUGAGGAAACUUCCUAGUAUUAAAACUCAUAGAGUCCAUUUGAUAGUACUUGAAAAACCCAUGAAGACUAAAUGCCACAUUGAGGGAUCACAGGAGAUUGGAAGUGAUCUUACUCUGAAAUGUAAAUCCCAAGAAGGCUCUCCCAUCAUAGUUUACUCCUGGGAAAAAAUUACUGGUUCACAAGAACUUCCAGCAACAGCAUUACCAAAUGAAAAUACAGGUGACUUAUUUGUGAAAAAUGCCUCUCAGACUUAUUCUGGUACUUACACAUGUUUGGCUUACAAUAAAGUCGGCAGAGAUGAAUGUUCUGUCAUACUGUCUAUUGUACCCCCUAUAGAUAGAGCUGGUACUAUUGCUGGAGCAGUUAUAGGAACUCUUCUGGCACUCAGCUUAAUGGCUUUUAUCAUUUUCUGUUGCUAUAAGAAACGAAGAGACACAAAAUAUGAAAAAGAAGUACAUCAUGAUAUCAGAGAGGAUGUUCCUCCUCCAAAGAGUCGUGCCUCAACAGCCCGUAGCUAUAUAGGGAGUAAUCGAUCAUCUUUGGGCUCAAUGUCUCCAUCUAAUAUGGAUGGUUUUACCAAAACUCAGUACAAUAAAGUGCCGAGUGAAGACUUUGAACGUACUCCGUCUCAGAACCAGUACUUUGAUCCACCAAAGGUAGCUGCACCUAAUCUAAGUAGAAUGGGAGCUAUUCCUGUGAUGAUACCAGCACAAAGCAAAGAUGGUUCCAUAGUAUAACAUGACAUUAAUUUGAAGUUUUACCAGUUCAUUACCACGUUGAUGAUUAGUUUGUUCCAGUUCUACACAUUUAAAAAUACUCUUGAACAUCAAGAUAUAUCUGCUUAGCUCAACAUAUUUUUAUUAAGUUUGACUGCUUGCAUUGAAAAGUUGACAGUGAAAAAAUGCUGUCCACAUUUGUAGGAAUUUCUAAAUAAAUAUUCAAAUAUGAAUUAUUGAUCUAUUAGUUAUAGUAGAUUGUAUGACAUGAAGCAUUUUGUAUUUACAUUAUUACAGAUACCUGUUUAUAUGAGGACUGUUACAAUGACAGUUUUUCUGUUCACAAAUCUGAAAAUAGAGACUCGCAUUCUUGUAAUAUUGAUUCUGGAGUACUUUUCUCAAAAACUUUGAAUAUUUAAAAUGCAUUAUUAGUUAUAGUAAUGCACAUGUUUACCAUAUUUACCAAUUUCUGUCCUUUAACACACUUUCUCUUUCUGUCUCUUUCUCACUCUUGCUCUCUCCAGUCUUACAGGCUAUUGCUUGUUCUAUGUGGAUAAAUUGCUCCUUUCUAGAUAUGUAAUAUUGAAUGGAUUUAGUCAGCAUACUAACUACAAACAUGAUCUGAUAGUGAAAUUAAUCCUGAAUUCAAUCAUUAAUGAUAUGUUACAAGCUAUACUUGCAAUUUUGAAAUUCCCUGCUUUUUAUAAAGAUUUGUGCAAAUAAAUUUUACAUAUGGGACCAGAAUACUUAAGUUUAAUUUAUAAAAUAUACUGGCAGAAUUACAUUUUUGUAAUAAAGUUUUCUGUAACACAAGAGCUGGUGAGGGCUUCCCCGCUAUAUUAAUAUCCUCAGUGUUAUAACUUAGUACUUUUUUAUUAAUUCAUCCUAUUUAUAUUCCUCUACUGCUUUUAUUACCAAUAAAAAUGAUUGGAAUACCAAAAAGUGAAUAUUGGCUUAAGCUGGUAGUUUAUAUGUAUAUGUGACAAAUUAUACCUUCUUAUUAGGAAAUUGCUCCCAAUGAGUUAUAAAAUUUGCUUCUGUCUUUCUUUUUCCCAUUUAUCAUGUCCAAUUCUUGGAGACUGCAGUUUUCUUGACAAGGUUUUUCAGAAAGCUGUUGCCUCCUUCCUAGGGCUGAGAUAAUGUGACUAGCCCAAGAUAACCAGUUGGUUUUCUGACUAAAGUGGGACUAGAACUCACUGUCUUUCAGUUUCUAGCCUGAUGCCUUAACCACUUCACCAAAUUGGCUCUUAUGCUUUUUGUACAUGAAAAAUUUACUGCAAGAGAAGUUUAAAUAUUUAUACUUGAUAACUUAAUUUUUUUUUUGAAAUUGUGGUUCUCGUGUACAUGAAUAAUUAAAAAAUUAAGAUAUCAAGAAUUAAUAUUUAAACUUACCUUGUAGUAACCCAAAUUAGUAUAUUGAUAUUUCUUGUCUUACAAUCAUAGUUGGGACCAGAAUUUCAGUUGCUAAGUGAUGCAGUCGUAAAGCGAUAUAUCAUGUGAUCACAUCACUUAGUAAUCUCAGCACUCCUGAAUUAUGGAUUGUUAAGCAGAGAGAGUCUCAUGUAUCACAGAGAAGAGGGGGCCUGGUGCAGGCUGCAUGCAAGUUGGGGAGAGUUGCAGUGUGGUACAAAGGUGCUGGAAUCCUCAGCUUCUCCACCCCGAUCCAGUAGCAUGACACAAUGGUGCUGCACCCUCAGAAGCCUCACCUAUCCCACCAGGCCAAGCAGAGCUUAAUGACUGCAGGGCCGUACAUCUUUUCCCAUCUGCCUAUUUCCUCCUGAUCUGUGCCCUUUUGGCCAUCUUGCAAAGCAGCACUAGUCAGCCAUUCCUUCUCCAAAUAGUACAUCCAUUCUUGCAAGACCAGAAGAUUUUUGAAGAGUCACUAGAAUGGGAUAUGUGGCUUGGAGAAGGAAUGACAUGCAUGGUUUGGAGAAUGAGGUGUCUGAAGCAUCGCAAGAAUGGGACUUUUGCAUUCUCCCAAUAGUGCAUCCAUUCUUAUGAAACUUGGGGAAGAUAAGAAAGUUCUGGGGCUGAAGUAGAGGCCUGGGGGGUGGUAUUAGCUGAUUGAGCCUGCAAAAAGUAAUGGGCCUCUACUUUAGCCCCAGCCCUGCCAUUGUGCAGGAUGGUUAAAAAGUAAUAGAUUGGGGGAAAAUAGAUGGGGGGAGGGAUUGCCGAUCCCCUGAAUCCAUGAUUGCAGGAGUGUUGCAGUGAGCUUAAACUCAUGGUCUUAAACUCAUUUUUUCAGUACCAUAAUAAUUGAAUGGUCAUAAACCAAGAACCACCUGAAAUAUCUUAAUUGUAGUACAGUGUUUCUGUGUUACCUAAUUUUAAUUUAAAGAAUUUUUAUUUAUAAAUGUAAUGCAACAUAGUAGUACAAAUAACUUUGAUAUUUAUUAAGUGGACCUGAUCUGAUAGUAUGAUAUAUUGAAUUAAAUAAUAAACAGUUUUUGAAGUGCACACACUAUUAUUACUAAGUUUAGAUACUGGAGAGAAGUAUUAGUCUUCGCAUAUUGAGGUCUUUUAGGUUUCUUGAUACUGUUAGAUAUAAAUUUUUAUGUCUGCCUUAAACAUGUGUUCAAUAAACUUUAUAUUUGAUUGUAUGUCAGAUUUCUCCUAUAAAAUUUCUGACCACCAUGAAAAACAGUUUUUGAAAAAUACUGCAAUUUCCUUUAUUGUUUAAUAUUUACUGCCAAAUGCUGGUUAAGUCACUGCAUAAUUUUGUAUUUCAGAAUUUCUGCCUUUACUAUUUUUAUAAUUCCUUCAUGGGGUUUGAUCUUACUCAUACAACUCCCACUGCACAAGACUACUGAAUUAUUGUUAUUAUGCCAUUUAAAAAUAGAAUAGAAAGAUAAUAAUAAAAAUCAAUGUUCAAUAAGAAGGCAGCUUCCUCUUAAAUUUAUGUUGGAUUAAACCUAACUAUUGUGUUUAAAGCUGGCUUGCUGAAAUCCGUCAAUCAAACUCGUGAGGUUUUUUUUAUUAUUAUGUUUGCACAUUGACGUUUUUAAAAAGAUGUGACUAUUGUAAUAACAAAGAGUGUGCAUAUGUUCACGUGUUUUCAGAAAAAAAAAUCAAAGGAUUUGGAAAUGCAUUAUGAACUUAUGGUGUGGUAUACAGUACUCUGAAGUACUACACUCAAGAAUUUGGCUACAUUGUUUAAAUAAUAGUUAGGUUUGAACAGUUCUGUCAUUCUGUUGUGCCAGUAGAUUGUUUCAAUGUGUAUACUUAAUAGAAUUCAGACAAAAUGCAAAAUGCUAUUUGAAGUUUGAAAAAUUCUGGAAAAUUUAAUUUUAUCAUUGCUCUUUCUCAUGAAAAUAAUAAAUGAAUAGUAAAAAGAUACAGUGGUUUAUCAGCAAAAUGUGAUUUCUACAUAUUUAAAUGUAGGAUAGUCUGGUUGUAUUUGUAUAUAUAUUAGGAAUUGAUUUGGGUUGGACUAUUCUAUACUUCUAGAAUGUAUUGAAAGUAAUUUACAUUUGAUACAAUCUGAUUCAUAUUUUGUAAAAGAUCGCUUUUCAUGAGGCUGUGUUUCAAUUGUGAUGUAUCAGAGCUCAAGAAAAAGUUAUCUAUUUUACAUAUAGUAAUAAAAAGGCAAACAAGCUGGGAUGAUUCAUAUUAAGGCAAUUCGACCUUUAUCUCCCACAAGCUAUUGGUAGGAAAAGAGAUCAGUUGAUUAUUACACACUUUAUUCUUAUGAGCCCUUUCAGUAGCUAUGUUUGUAGUAAUAGUAUGAUUGAUAAUAGAGAUUGUGCAACUAUUGCCAAUUUAAUUAUGUUAAAAUUUAUUUUGCCUUUUUAAAAUAGCUUUCGAAUAAGUAGAUUAAUCGGUUUAUAUUAAUAGACUGUUGGCUUAUGUUAAAGUAUGAACUUAAGAUUCCUUUUGAAUGUGAAAAUUAAUGUAGGUUUUAUAUUAAUAUUGCAUGUAUCAAAUCUGUCAAAUAGCAUACACAGGAGUUAAAUUAUGUUAUGUUACAAGUCCAUUAGCUUUAUAUUUAGUUAAUGUUAAUCCAGUAACCCCUUUUUAUGACCCUGUAAAUCGUUUACAGUACAUCUUUUAAAUAUAUGUACUGUACAGAAUAUUUUGUUUUGUGGUUUUUAAUCAGAGAUGUCAAUGUCAUUAACAGAGUAUGUAUUUUUUUAUAUGUAAAACUGGCAACUUUUAAAGCCAAAUGCACCCUUUCCUGGAAUUGUGUGACUUUGGAAUACUGUAGGACAAAAGGGUUGCUUAUUUAAAGAGGGAAUCAAAACACAUCCCUGGAACACAGUAAAUGGAACAAAUUGUGAAGAACAUUUAUGAGGCACCAUCACAAGUUUUGGGUUUUGUGAUGAACCCACUUAUAUAUGAUUUUUUUCCCCUACAUUUUUGUUAAAAAUUAUAAGCACUGAAAAUUGUGGAAGGAACUGGUUUUAUUACUGGUAUGUUUUAUUACUGGUAUAAUGUUUGCAAUAAAGAUAUUAGUAAAGCA